AUGAAUAUAUUCUGGUUACUCCUCUGCAUUACCGUAUGCGUAUGCGAGACAUUCGAUAUCUCCAGUGAGAGCACCUUCACACUCGGACUGCAAUUAAUAGAGAAUAAAAGUACAAGAAUAGAAUUAUCAUUAAAUAAUAAUUCUAAUACAAAUAUUCAGUUAAAGGACCCUUCUAAUAAGGUUAUACGCUCAUUUAAUAAUGACUCAGAUAUGAACAUCUCAUUUAUACCUAAAGUAUCUGGUGAGUAUACGAUAACAGUAAAUAACCAUAAAUUAAACAAAUUAUUAUUUACUGUGGUACUACCACAAGCGGAUGAGGGACCAUUUGCAUCACAAGUAGAGGUAAACUUAGGGAAGGACUUAGAGGACUCAUUAAGAAGGAUAAUUGACUCACAUAAAUUAUUACUGACACGGCAGAAGGAGCACUUAGAUAAAGCAAGGAGUACUAAGAGUUGGAUUAAGAAGCUUACACUGUUAGAAGUAGGCUUAUGCUUACUUGCACUGUAUUAUGUACAGAGUGAAGCAGUAAAGACAUUCUAUAGUACAAGGAAGGUAUAAAUAAAU